GCAAGCUGAGUUCAAUAGAUUUAAGGAUGAGGUAAAAUUUCCUCAUUGGCGGAUCAUUUAAAUGACUGGCUUACUCACUCCCAAACUCAUCUUUCCAGUUUGGUUUUCCUUGUUUUGGCAUCUUCACCUGUAUUUCUUUGUUUAUUAUUUUUUAUCUUUGUGUUUUCAAUGUUUUUAUAAUAGUGAUUAAUUGUUUUUAAUUAUUUUAAUUACGAUGGGUUCGUCUAGUGGUGUAGCUCGUGGACAAUUGAGACCACAGUUUGCUGGUCGAAAUCCUCCAUUUAUUGUUGCUGGACUCUUCAUUGCUCUAGGACUUCUUGGUGUUAGCUACUACAGUUUAUCAACACAGUAUACAACUCUUCAAGCUCAGCUUGAGAAUUUAAUUAAAAGUGAAGAGCGAAGUAGAAUUGCUUUCCAAGAAAGAAAUAAAGAGAAUGAAUUGUUACAGAAAAAAGUUGAUCAGCUGAAAAAAGAAUUGAUCAAAAAAUCUAAUGAAGUAAAGAUUAAACAAAGUGAUCUACAGAAGCUUAAGAAUUCUCAGCAAUUGACUGAAAACAAUCUUGCAUCUGAAAGAAAUAGACUUGAAGCGGAGAACAAAGGUUUGAAUGAAAAGGCUGGUCAGCUGCAAAAAUCUAUAGAUAAUAUUCAUGCUGAGAAUAUCAGAUUAAAAAGUCAAUUAGAUAAUAUGGAAAAAGAAGCUAAUGAAAAGGCUACAAAAAUCGAACAAUUGAAUAGCAAAAUCAAUCAAUUGAAUGGCAAAGUACCUCCUGAAAAACCAGAAGAUAAAGACGCCGUUGAAGUGAAAACUGAUCCAGUGCCAUUAGAUCCUGGAGUUGGUGAUAUUGAUAGUCCAAAUGCUCCUGGUGAAGCUGCUAACAAAGCUGAUGGUAUUAAUUCUGCUGAAGUUAUUAAAGUAAAAGAUGAUCCAUCCUCUAUUGUCGCUAAUCCAGAAAAUCAAAAGGCAUCUUUGCCCAAACCAAAUUCAAUAGCUAAGCCCGAUGAAGCUGCUAGUGAAAUAGGAAUGGCUAACUUAGCUUAACAUUGGUGAUGUGUACUUUAAGUUCAAUAACCAUCAGUGACAUAACGACCUGUAAUUCCAUUAUUCUAGUGAUUCCCGAUUACUGAAAUAUUUCAGCAAAUCAACACUUACGACCAAUCAAUCAACCCAUUACUUUACCUAUGAACAGUAAUUCUCAUUUGUCAUUCUCAUGACUAAAGAUAUCAAUAAAUUUUUCAACAAGAAGAAUGUAAAUCAAACAGUGAUUAUUUAAAUAUCUCCAGUUGGAUCAACCUUUGUUGUUUGUCGCUUUUAAUGCUUGUAUUAGUUCAUUUGAGAGCGGAUUCGCAAAUUUUAUGGGAAAUUGGCACAUUUCGUUUAUUGUGUUCAAUAUUUUAUGGAGGCUAUUCGAUAGCAACUCAAUAGGAUAAACUUUGCUCAAAGUGAUUUUUGCCAGUAUCAUGAAUAUCUUUGAAAACGAAGAUACUAAUCAUGAAAUUGAUGUUGAAUUUUAAGCAGGAUUGGACAGUACGAGAAGACUGGACCCCUUAUAAUCGUGCUUUUGAACAAUAUUAGACAUUGAUAUUUUAAUACUAUGGAUCACAAUGACAGCUAAACUGAAGGAUUUUUCGGUUUCUUAACCUCUUCGAAAAUCAGUCAAAUUAAUUCAUUCAACUUCGUCUGAUGUAAAUACUUGAAAGUUGCUGAGUAUUUCGUUUCUCAGUCAACAAGCUUGUACGAAUGUAUUAGACAAAUUGCGAGGUUCAAGACAUUUCCGGUUAAUUUACAAAAAAAAAGUUUGAGUGACAAUAAGCGUGAUGACUAAGCUAAACUGGAAAAAAUUACAUUCAAAUCAGGUUAAUCCUUUUAUUUCAAUUCUUUCUUUCAAUGAAUCACUUUUCAUCAUCGCUAUCUUCUGUUUCUUCUCUCUGUUUUUCACUCAUUUCUGGUUCCUAAAAAUAAAAGAUGUUUCAAAUACAAGAGAGUCUUAAUUUUCGUAAUACUUGGAAGUUAGCAGUUUUAUAAAUAAAUUUUACUUCUAAGCAACUUUUUUCUCUGUUUUGUUCAGCAGUCAACAAAUAAGCAUCUUGAUGUUUUAUGUGCGCUUCCUCUCUUGCUCCUGGCUUAACUCAUAAUCAAAGUGUUAACAAGUUAAUUGCAUGGUUAUUCUUCUCUUGAUCACUAGACAUAUUAUUUGCCAUAGUUUAACGUGAAACCAAUUUCGACUAAAGAUACGUUUAUUAUUGUGAUUUUAGUAGUAAAUCAUCUUGGAUUACAACUGAAACCUUUUCAAAAGUACUUCUCGCCAUGGACAGAAUUAUCAUUGAAGUUGAGUCCAAUCUUCAAGAAAUCGAAAGAUUUUUUGCUUGUCUCGACAAAGUUUCCUCUCAUGUGUAUGGACUGAUUAAAACAGCAAUGGUCGAGGUAAGAGGAAGACUUGAUUGCCACUACCAAAUCGUCAAGUAUUUCUGGAGCAAUGAAGGUACCCGGAAAGAAGUUAUCAAAGCUGCUCAAAAUAGUUUAGGGAAUGUCCAAGUUCCUAAAGGUGAAGUUAUCCAUUACUUGGCCUCCAAGGAUUUAAGCGAUUUGGCUGAUCAAUUUUUCAAAACAUUUUCCAAGAUGGUUCAUCUGGUAGAGAACUUCAGACGAGUCAUGAGGCUCCGAGUUAUUGGCGGACCUGAAGCUGAUAAUCUUGAAAUGUAUCGACAAGUUGAUGAGAUAUUGAUGGCAUAUGGCUGAAAAUUGUACUAUAACUCUGGAUAUUGUUGAACUUACAGCUAGAGCAGUUUAUGACUUUCUUCUUGCCAUUCAUUCAUUCACCUUUUUCCAAGAAAUCUAAGAAUUCCAUAUGUAUAUUAUCACCUGAAUAAAAAAUAAAAGGAAAAACAAAAUGAGAA